UUGUCAGUCAAAAUGGCGACUAACUCAACUGGUCAGAUUCGUAUCUUCCAUCCUUCUCCUUCACUUUCAGAGGAAAAUUCAUUCACAGAUUACGAAUUAUUUGAAGGAGAAACUGUGAUUGGAAUUGGUUGUAAAAAACGAUCAAAAUGUCCAGUCAUUAACAUUCCAUUUAGUGGUAGCUCGGUCGCAAAGGAGCACUGUCGUGUAUUGAUUGACGAUAAUGAGCACUUUAUUAUGGACCUUGGGACAAAAGGUAAAACGAAAAGGAAGUGCCACAUUCUCAAACCUAACGUAUACUAUGAACUGAGUGAUGGCGUUGAUUUAAUGCUGGGUGAUCUAAAAUGUCAAUAUUUUACUUCCCCCAUGUCUGCGAGAGAGAAAGAGGAGGAAAAGAAACCAGUGGAGGAAACUGAUUUGAAUGAGACUCGGUCUCUUAAUACUGAUGCCACAGCCACGCCCUCACCUCGACCCGCCCAUUCUCUUCAAAUGUCUCCACUGCCUACUCUUCCAUCAUUUGAUGCUGACAAUGCGGACAUAACUGGCUGUGGUUCUCCUCAAUUACUGGCUGACCCUCCAGCACUGACAGCCUCUGAACAAGAACCCACACUAGCUUACCAGCUCUCCUCCUUGCCUCAGGAGGACGAAGAGUCUCAUAAAGGUACUGACACGACUGAUGAGAAUGAUCAGACUCUUCCAUUUGAUUCACCAGUACCUGAGGACAGACCAAUUACUAAUGGCGUCACAAUGGAUGCUAAUGAUGAUAAAGCUGACGAUAAAGUGGAAGCUGGUGGUGAUAUAGUGAAUGCUAGUGAUGAAGGCGAGGAUGAUCUUGAUACAACAGUCAUAAUCGCUGAAGACACAACUGAUACCGAACCGUAUAAUUUAGAGGAGGAGCAAGAGAAAGAAGGAGGAGGGGGAAAAGAAGACAAAACUAAAGCAUCGGUCGAUCCUAGUUUAAAUACAAAAAGUGGUCCCAUUGCUUCUCUUUUUAAUGAAGACGAUGACGAAGCUCCUCCUUUGUACGAGCCAACGAUUGCUUAUAAUUUAGAGGAAGAUGAAAAGAGAGAGCUCUCCUCUGUACACUCUGAGGAGACAGGAACUAGAGAGAAGAGUGAGGAAGAAGAGAAAGAUAAAGAAGAUGAAGAGGAGAAGAAAGAGAGAGAGGAGGAAGAGGGGAAGAAAGAGGAAGUGAAGGAGAAAGAGAAGACGGAAGAGGAAGAAGGUGCUACAACAAGAGGGAGAAAGGGUAAAAGAGGAAGAGGUGGUCCUCCUGCUAGUACAAGCAGAGGAGGGAGAAAGAGAAAGAGUCCGAAGGAUGAGUCACCUGAGAGUGAAGACAAAGAGAAAGUGAAGGGAGCAGGAUCUUCACUGAUAGAUGAUAAUGCAGUCAAGGAUGAGAUUACUAAACAAACUGAGGCAUCUUGUGGUGAUAUAUCUACCAAUACUGGGAGCAGCUCAACUACUAAAGGAAACACAAAGAAGAGAAGAAAGACUCCAUCACCUUCUCCUUCCCUACCUGAUGAUGAUAGAUUAGUUACUACUAGUAGAAGAACAAGAUCACGAAGAGAUCCACCAAAAAGUGAUAAAUAUUCUUUUGAUGAAUUGUAUUCUGUACCAGAAGAGCCCAUUGCAUCAGAGGAGCUUCCUGUCAUACCAACUGUAUCUUCCACUGAUGACAGUCAUGACACUGUUGUAAAGAAAGGAAAAGGAAAGAGAGGGCAACCUAAAAGGAGCAAGAAAACAGAACAAAACCCCCUAUCACUAGAAUCAGAGGAACCUCUCGUAGCAAUACCAGAGGAACCUCCCACAGCUACAUCAGAGGAACCACCCACGACUACAUUAGGGGAACCUCCCACGGCUACAUCAGAGGAACCUCCCACGGUUACAUCAGAGGAACCUCCUCCUGCUUCAGUGUCAUCCAUUGCUUCUUCAGAGGAUCCUGUUAAACCUAAAUCAACACGCUCAAAGAGGCAACCACGAGCUACAAAGAAGAGCAAGAAAAUGGCAACAGAGGAACAAUUAUCAGACCAGGAAUCUCUUGAUAAAGAGCCUCUACCCGAUAAAUCAGGAGAACAUCCCAUGUCAGCUAGUGAAGACCCUCCUCCUUCACAUGAGGAACCUCCUUCAAGCAAAUCAAAGCGUCCAAGAAGACAACCAGCAGCUUCAAAGAAAAAGAAAGUGACCGAAUCUUUAUCAGAAAUUGAAUCUGAAGAUCCACUGGCAACUGAUGAUGAUAUUGAUACUAAGAAAACUCUGCCUAAAUCUAAGAAAUUGAAAGGGUCAGUACUUGAAUUGGAGAAAUUGAAGCCAUCUUCAAACGGGAAAAAGAAAGAGACAGCUUCCCUUGAUGAAUGUCCUCCCAUACCUUCUCUAUCUCACACUGCAAGAUCUACAUCAACUCGAUCUACUCCUAGAAGAACACUCAAAAAAGGUGCUACUGACUUACCAUUGCCCCCAUCAGUACUCUUUACUGGUGUAAUGGACGAGGAGGCCGUGGGUAUUGUGACAGAGCUGGGAGGGUCUCUCGUAGACUCUGCAGCUGAUUGUACUCACUGUGUCACCGAUAAGGUCCGACGUACAGUGAAGUUCCUCUGCUGUUUAGCCAAAGGCUGCCACAUUGUUAGUACCAAGUGGUUGAAGGAUUGUCACAGAGAAGGGAGAUUCAUACCGGUUGAUCCGUAUAUUAUUAAAGACUCUGCAACGGAGAAGCAGUACAAGUUUUCACUGAAGAACUCAAUUGCUGCUGCUAGGAAAAACUCGUUACUGAGUGGGUGGAGAGUUUUUCUGACUGAGAACAUAAAACCUUCUCCGUCUGAUAUGACCUUUAUUAUUAAUUGUGCUGGAGGUGAAGUGAUUAAGAAGUGUCCAACUGAAUCUGAAGAUGACACAUUUAUCAUAUCUUGUGAUAUGGAUAAGAAGUCCCUAUCGUCAGUAUCAUCUCUUGGUAUUCCUGUAUGUACCAGUGAAGUCAUUUUGACAGGAGUACUGCAACAGAAACUGGAGCUGGACAAAUAUCAGUUGAAUACAGGAUCUUUGUCAUCUGUCAGUGGAUCGGCUACUCCUAAAAAAGCCUCAAAAAGAAGGAGACAGUAAUUUAAGCUUGGCUGUUAACAGUAACCUUGUAAAUAAACUAACAUGUUUUUGACUAUUUUCUCCACAGCUUACAUGUACAUGCAUCUAUGUAAUCAAUGUAUUUAAGUCUACCUUUUGAAAUAAUUAAUUUCAAUGAA